UUGCUGAGCGCUCCCCAUUUCGAAGUCCUGGCGCUCCAGGAGUGACGGGUUGGUAGUGACUCUUGCUCGGAAGGGAGAAGCAAAGGAUUGGUUAUGCGGCCAAACAGAAACACUACUGGAACGAUUUUGAGGAGGAUGUGCGGACUAUCCGAGCCCAUUCCUCACGAAAAUGACGAGACCACAACAUACUGUUAACCAUAUGGGAAGGCAUCUCGACCGCCUCGGUUCGGGAGAAAAUGUCCUGAUCACAGCAGCCUUGUCGGAAAUGCUGAAGUCCAGGUAGCCCACUAUCCUGACUCCUGAAUUUCGGCGCGUGGGGCCCCACGGGUACUCGCCGCCCACGCCGUCGGUCCACCAACUUGAAGUCAAGGUCUACCGCGGCAUAUCCUUCAAAAUGCGUGUUCUACGUCGGAUUUCCAGUCCCGAGCCGGUGUCCCACUGGAAGCGAGAAACCAUCAUGGCGAGCGAUCAAAUAAAAGAUGAGUUGUUGAGUGCAUGCUGAACUCUUUGCACCAAUUCUAUCAUCUCUAUCUCCGUCCAGGGCUACACAUCUGCGAGCUGGAAAGUAUGCCGCAAAAGUCGAUUUUUUCCCUCUCUAUCCCUCCCACAGACCUCCUCACGUAUCUCUUCCCGCCCGAUGCGACUCCUUCCGAUCAGCCUCUCUACAUUUCUGCUGAUCAGCCUACCAGCCACUUCUUAUCCCAAGCAGAGACGCUCGUAUGGGUCAAACAACUCGCCCUCGGAUUUCAGAAGCUUCUUGGGUUGACGGGUGACCGGAAAGAGUCGAACGUGGGCCCCACAAUCAUGAUUCUCAGUCCGAACCAUGUGUUUGUCCCCGUUGUGUAUCUGGCUGCUAUUGCAGCUGGAGGGAUAUUCUGUGGCUGUAGCGUCAGCUUUGGCGUCCGUGAAGUGACAUACCAAUUACAGAAUGCCGCUGCCGAAGUUUUUCUUGUGCACCCCAAGUUCCUGGAUGUUGCUCUUCAAGCUGCUCAAAAUGCAGGUCUGUCUGGUGAUAAGAUUUUCCUACUCGACCAAGAUCCACACCCACACGGUGGGAAACCCGAUUUCCGUACCAUUCUUGCCUCCAGAGAAGAGGCUCGACACUGGCAGUGGAAGAAAUUGGACCAGGAACAAGCAAAGAAUACCACUGCAGUCAUCAACUACUCUUCAGGGACAACGGGCCUUCCGAAGGGCGUCCGCAUCAGUCAUACAAAUUUGGUAGCGAAUGUAUCCCAGUCAAUAUUCAUGCGGGAUCUGGAACAGCCAUACAGUCCAUCCAACCGUCCACGGGAACGCUGGUUAGGAUUUUUGCCUCUCUCUCACGCUUACGGCCAGCUAUGGACGAUUUUGGCUGCCAUGAAGACACAGUCAUCGGUCUAUAUCAUGGGACAGUUCCAAUACGUCAGGUUUCUGCAACACAUCCAGACUCACAAAAUCACGCACUUGCAGACCGCUCCGCCGGUCUUGGUGAUGCUUGCCAAAAGGCCCGAAACAGAACAGUACGACAUCAGUUCGUUACGCAACAUUCUAUCAGGAGCAGCGCCUCUCAGUCGAGAAUUACAAAACGAGGUCACCUCCAAGUUAAACGGGGGAAACGUGGUCCAGACUUGGGGCAUGACCGAGGUGACCUGCUCAGCUCUCCACAUACCGGGCGGAAGGGACGAUCGCAGUGGCAGUGUAGGCUACAUUGAUCCCAACUGCGAGAUCAAGUUGCUGGACGAUGCUGGGGUGGAGGUGGGCGUCGGCGAAAGAGGCGAGAUCCACAUUCGUGGGCCCAAUGUUUGCCAGGGCUAUUGGAGGAACGAAAAGGCCACUCGCGAACUAUUCGACCAGGACGGGUUCAUGCAGACAGGCGACAUUGCCGUCAGGAAUGAGGAGGGCCUCUAUUGGAUUGUGGACCGGAAAAAAGAGUUGAUCAAGGUCAAGGGCUUGCAAGUGGCGCCUGCUGAGCUUGAAGCAGCGCUUUUAGAGCAUGACGGCGUCGCCGACGCAGCGGUUGUUGGCGUCAAAAUUGGGCCGCAUGGAGACGAGGCGCCCAGAGCAUAUGUGGUGCUGAAAGAAAGAGUCAAGGGAAGCCUCACGCCAACCAUUCUUGCACAGUGGCUGGACACGAGAGUGGCAAAGCAUAAACGCCUGACUGGAGGGGUAGUCUUCGUCGAUGAAGUGCCCAAGAGCCCGACCGGAAAGAUCUUGCGAAAGGUGAUAAGAGAGUGGGCAGCAAAGGAAGCACAGGUCUCGUCGAGUACCACAGCAAAGUUGUGAAAGGCCUUCAAGGAGGACAAAAACGAUAUGCUAAGAAAUCUAUCGGCACAGCCUAGGCCCCCAUAUAGAUUAGAUACCUUGUCUCGAAUCGUCAAGACUAAGCAAACAACCUACUUACCAGGGCCCAGGUCCUCUUUGCCCGCUCACUAACGAGCGAUCUGGCGAUGACUGGGAUCUUGUCAGCCGUGCUGAGAGUCUCGUGGGGAGACUGAGCAACCGACAUCUCCUGGUGUGGUUUGAGGUUGACAGAGUAGAUGGAUAGAGGCCUUUCAGGCAUCCAAUUGACUGGAUGUUAAUGUCAGAAGCGUCGUGGAACAGGA